UGAACUCACAACAGCUCUUCCAAACACUUUACAUGCACUUUGGAAAAACUACUCCAGGAAUCACAGUGCCGUUUCUCCUGCAUUAGUUCAACAAAGGUUGAAGCCAGAAAAACGUCAUCAUGGCACCAAUGAUACUGCCAUUCAUUGGAGCACUGUCAGUAUCACAUGUUUUGGUGGCUGUGACAACAGCGUGUCUGGUCUACCUGAUUAUUAAGAAUGCACAAAACAAGAUUCCCGAGGGGCUUCAGCAACUCCCUGGCCCAAAGCCUUUCCCUAUCAUUGGGAAUUUGUUAGAGCUGGGAAAUAGACCCUACCUGAGUCUCACUUCUAUGAGCAAACACUACGGUGACGUCUUCCAGAUCCAGAUUGGCAUGCGUCCUGUGGUCGUUUUAAGUGGUAAUGAAACAGUUCGACAGGCUCUCAUCAAACAAGGGGACGAGUUUGCAGGGAGACCUGACCUGUACAGCUUUCGCUACAUCAAUGAUGGCAAGAGUCUGUCUUUCAGUACAGACCAAGCUGGCAUUUGGCGUGCCCGCAGAAAGCUGGCCUACAGUGCCCUGCGCUCUUUUUCCAACUUAGAGGGAACAACCCCAGAGUACUCAUGUGCCCUGGAGGAACAUAUCAGCAAAGAGGCUGAGUAUCUGAUCAAAGAGCUCAACACUGUCAUGAAGACCAAAGGCAGCUUUGACCCCUUCCGCUAUGUUGUCGUCUCUGUCGCCAAUGUCAUCUGUGGCAUGUGCUUUGGCCGGCGCUAUGACCACCACGACGAUGAGCUGGUUAGCUUAGUGAACCUCAGUGAUGAUUUUGUCAAGGUUGUGGGCAGUGGCAACCCAGCGGACUUCAUCCCCCUUCUUCAGUACCUGCCCAGCACAAAAAUGAAAAAAUUUGUGAGCCUCAAUGCUCGCUUCAGCAAGUUCGUUCAAAAGCUUGUCACCGAGCACUAUGCCACCUUUGACAAGGACAACAUCCGUGACAUCACAGACUCCCUCAUAGAUCACUGCGAGGACAGAAAGCUGGACGAGAAUGCAAAUGUCCAGAUGUCAGAUGAGAAGAUUGUUGGAAUCGUCAAUGAUCUCUUUGGAGCUGGUUUUGACACCAUCUCCACUGCUCUGUCAUGGUCACUGAUGUACUUUGUGGCUUACCCUGAGAUCCAGAACAGGCUUUUUGAAGAAAUUAAGGAAAAAGUAGGUCUCGAUCGUAUGCCUGUUUUUUCUGAUCGGAACAACUUGCCCCUUCUUGAAGCCUACAUCCUGGAACUCUUUCGCCAUUCUUCAUACCUGCCCUUCACAAUCCCGCACUGCACCACAAAAGACACAUCACUGAAUGGCUACUUCAUCCCCAAAGACACCUGUGUCUUCAUUAAUCAGUGGCAGAUCAACCAUGACCCGGAGCUGUGGGAAGAUCCAUUUUCCUUCAAGCCAGAACGUUUCCUGAAUGCUGAUGGCACAGAGGUCAACAAGGUAGAGGGAGAGAAGGUGAUGACUUUUGGCUUGGGAAAGCGACGCUGCAUUGGCGAGGUCAUUGCACGAAAUGAAGUCUUCCUCUUCUUGGCUAUCCUCAUUCAAAAACUAAACUUUCAAGCUUUACCUGGAGACCAGCUAGACCUGACCCCAGAGUAUGGUCUAACAAUGAAGCACAAACGCUACCAUCUGAGAGCCACAAUGCGAGUUAAGAAUGAGUAGUGAGGUUCCUUAUAAUGUACAAUUUGUAACUUAGUAGGUGAUAUAAGCUGAAGCUGUAAGGAUCAAAGUUAGAAUGUAAGACACUGGAUGUCAAAUUUGGCUUAUGGAGCUAAUGGCAUUAAAGCAAAUAAGCAGAGUUUGCUUAUUGCAGAUUAUAAGUGAUGUCUAGGUCUGUGUCUCUUGUUCUGUUUUUGGCUAGCUAAGAGAUACUUCUGCAAAUGGCUGCUGCUUCUCAGUGAAGUUUAAGGAGUUAGUUUGUUUCUCCUGCUGUGUUGUUAGCAGCAAUAUAAACUGCUCCCAUUCAGAAAUGAAAACAAAACAACUGAACUUUGGGACAAACAAUAUGUCUUACUGGGUGGAUAGUUUAGUAUGCUGCAACCAAACCUUUUCUACGGGACUCUGAAGUGAACCUUAUGAUAACAUUUACACAUGUAAGCUAAUUAUUUGCAUUCCAUUAUGCUGUGGAUGUAAGACACACUGAAGCUAUAUCUGUAUCCCAAAAUGUGAUUUUGAGUGUACACCAAGACUUUUGUAUUUCAUAAUGUUGUUUUUGUUUGUUUGUUUGUUUUUAAGAUCAUAACAUUUAUAUUUGCUGUGCAAUGAUAUGACUUAUCAAGACAGCACUGCGAUCAAUUGAUUUUGGAAUAUAUGUAACACACUUUUAUAUUUCAGUUGGUAAUGUACAAAAUGUAAGGGCACGAACCCUUGAUACACAAAUAAAAAUGUAUUUUAAUUAUCA